AGAAGAAGGCCGACUGAAAAGAAGAGGAAAAAAACAAACUCUGAAGUGUCUCGUGACCUGCCGGUGAGGAAGCAGUCAACUCAGCAGGCGUAGGCAGCGUCCAUCAUUCAGCAGAGAUGUCCGGUCCUGGCCUGGCAAAGAGACGACUGCCUGCUCAGCUGCUGCUCCUGUGGAUGCUGACAAGUGUCUCUGAGUCCAGAGUGUAUCUGUUGGCUCCAUAUUCUGUCACGUUUGAGGAGAACUCUGAGGCCAACGUCACCAUAACUCCCAGUUCCCCUCUUAACCAGUCGGCUGUGAUUCAGUUUAAUGUGAUCUUCAGCUCCAAGUUGAACUACUCGUCUGUCAUCACCGUGCCUGAGCAGUGAGGGGAGAAUGCUCCUGAGAUGAACUGGUUUCCAUACCAUACUGGGAUUGAGCUGGUGGUGCUGCCAGUGGAGGCAGUCUCUGUCAGCUUCAAUGUGACGGCCCACGAUGUCGGUCAGGUGACCACAGACCUGCUGAGUAACAACACAGACCUCAACAGUUCGACCAUCAGCAUCCACUUCAUAGUCGUCCACAGCAGCGUCCUAUUGGUGAUCAACCAGGUGAUUGGCUGGAUUUACUUUCUGGCCUGGUCGGUGUCCUUCUAUCCACAGGUCUGGGAAAACUGCAGGAGGAAGAGUGUUGUAGGUCUCAACUUUGACUUCCUGGCUCUCAACCUGACGGGCUUCAUCGCCUACAGUGUCUUCAAUAUAGGGCUGUUCUGGGUGCCUUAUAUAAAGAAGGAGUUUCUGACCAUCAACCCGAAUGGAAUUAACCCCGUCAGCGCUAACGAUGUCUUCUUCAGUCUCCACGCUGUCCUGCUGUGUUUGGUCUACAUCAGCCAGGCUGCUGUGUUUGAGAGGGGGGGUCAAAAGGUCUCCCGUACGGCCGCGUUCCUGUUGGUGAUUGGCUGGACCUUUGCCUUGAUCAGCUUGUCUCUGGCUGUAGCCAAACAGAUCACCUUGUUGGACUUCCUUUACUAUUGCUCCUACAUUAAGCUAGCUGUCACUGUGAUCAAAUAUGUGCCACAGGCGUACAUGAACUACUCGAAGCAGAGCACUGAAGGGUGGAGUAUAGGCAACGUGUUGCUGGACUUCACCGGGGGAAUCCUCAGUAUUCUACAGAUGCUCUUACAGUCUUACAACAAUGACGAGUGGAUGCUGAUAUUCGGCGACCCCACGAAGUUUGGCCUGGGUCUGCUCUCGGUGGUGUUCGACAUCCUGUUCAUGAUUCAGCACUACUGUCUCUACAGACAGCCGCCGCAGUACGAAGCAGUUGCAGAGCAACAAGAUGACUAUUGAUGGACUGUAGUCUGUAAACGCACAAUCACCAAUGAGCACACGGCUGCUUUCUAUCGGUCUACAAGAAAGAGCGCACAAUAAAUGAUUGGAUCUGCUCCGGAGGAGUCGUGGGAGUCAUCUCUGAAGUCGUCUCUGACUUGCAUCCUGAUAGGAUGUCGCGUUUCACACACGUAGCUGCUAUGAGCUCCGUCUUAAACAUCUCAGGAUCAGCACCUUUUUCCUCUUUUUCUUUUUACCACUGUAUGAAAAUAUGUGACUGUAUUUUACUGGAUGGAACUAUUUGAUAGGUGUAAGAAAACCAGAUGUAAUGAUGACUUUGUAAACACUUUUUUUUAAAUAAAUGCAAUGUCAAAAUUGAAAUCAA